GUGCUCGUUGAUAUAAAAAUACAUGACCAACUUUUUUUUUUCUUUUUUUAUUCUUUUUUUCAUAACAUUCUAUUGUUUAAAUCAUGUUGACAGCUUCUACUAUUGCUUCUUUACCCAAACAAACCAUGGUCAACAUGGGUAUUGAAACACCUAUGGCCAAAAACAAAGAAGAUAUUUUAUUGGAACCAUUUCAAUAUCUAUGUGCUUAUCCUGGUAAAGAUGUCCGUGCAAAAAUGAUUGAUGCAUUUGAUGCUUGGUUACAUGUACCAAAAGAUAAAUUAGUCGUCAUCACCAAAGUAAUAGAAAUGUUACAUAGUGCUAGUUUAUUAAUUGAUGAUGUUGAAGAUGAUUCAGCUUUAAGAAGAGGUGUACCAGCAGCCCAUCACCUUUAUGGUGUACCUCAAACUAUCAAUUGUGCCAAUUAUGUCUAUUUUUUAGCUUUAUCUGAACUUGUCAAAUUGAAUAAUCCCAAUAUGGUGAAAAUUUAUACUGAUGAAUUACUCAAUCUUCAUCGUGGUCAAGGUAUGGAAUUAUUUUGGAGAGAUACUUUGACUUGUCCUACUGAAGCUGAAUUCCUUGAAAUGGUCGAUAAUAAAACUGGUGGCUUGUUACGCUUAGCUGUCAAGUUGAUGCAGGAAGCCAGUGAUGAAGACAUGGAUUGUACGGGACUAGUGCAAAAGAUUGGGAUUCAUUUCCAAGUACGAGAUGAUUAUAUGAACCUUCAAUCCAAUACGUAUACUGACAACAAAGGAUUUUGUGAAGAUUUGACAGAGGGUAAAUUUUCAUUCCCUGUCAUUCAUGGUAUUCGUAGUGAUCCCAACAAUCGUCAACUCUUAAAUAUUUUACGUCAACGCAGUGAAUCAGUGGAAUUAAAACAAUUUGCCUUGCAACUUUUGGAAAAAACAAAUACUUUUGAUUAUUGUCGUCGAUUCUUGAUGGAUAUGGAAAAUCAAAUGAGGGAUGAUAUCAAGGCUCUUGGUGGUAAUCCUAAACUUGAAAAAAUUGUCUCUAUGCUUAGCGUACCUUUAUAAUUGUCACAUUAUGAAUAAAAAAAUUUAUUUAUUAUUCAACUUG